AUGGUUGCCUCAACAGAUUCUUUCCCAGCUUCAAACCAGUCGGACGUUACUGCGGAUGACAUCGUCAUCGCCGAUAGAUUCGAAGCCAUGGUGUUCGACAACUGUAGCGAAGAGGACAUUUUGGCCGAGACCAUGUUUACUGAGGUUCGAGUUGCAGGAAUUAUUAUGUUGACGAUUGCCACAAUAUUAACAGUGUUGAUGGUAGUACUAUAUUUAGAGGCAAUACGAUUUAUGCAGGAAAAUAUACCAGCGCAUAGACGCCGGACACGACUGACAUGGCUGCUUGGCGCCUAUCCGGUUUCUUCUGUUCUGUCUUUGAUUGGACUGUAUAUACCCGGUACCUCUACGAUACUGAAUUUGUCCAUAUCUUUGUACUUAGCCAUCGCGUAUUACCAGUUCUGUCUUCUGAUAGCGGACUACUAUGGCGGCUACCAUACCAUGGUGGCCAAACUCAAGCACGCUAACAUAUCGUUAGCAGCACCGCCUCUAUGUUGCUGUUGUCGUUGUCUUCCCAGCUAUCGAGCUACCGAGUACCCAUUAACUUUAUCUACACUGCCAUCUACUGUUUCACAACAGUUUCCACUUUGUGUUCGCUCUAUGGUUUGA